AUGGCCUCGAAUAACGAGCUGGCGAAGCCACCCCCGGGCCAUUUCUUCCUGGCGGGGCGGACAUUUCCAAGAGUUAAAUGGUGGAAGCAGCGCAACAUGCGCUUAUUGUACUUCUACAUCGCAGUUUUGAUUGCAACCAACACAGCCAACGGGUUCGACAACUCUAUGAUGAACGGCUUACAAGCGCUUUCUUUCUGGCAAGAUUAUUUCCAUCAUCCCAAAGGCCCAACCCUGGGUCUGUUCAAUUGCGUGAUGAGUGUCGGCGCAUUGACGGGACUUCUCAUUCUUCCUUUCAUGCUGGAUCAUUUUGGGCGAAAGUUAUGCCUGGUCUUCGGUUCCUGCUUCAUGCUCGUUGGGAUUGCACUGCAGUCCGCCUCCAUCAACUUCUCCAUGUUUGUGGGUGCCCGGUAUAUCCUGGGCUUUGGAGACAUCAUUGUCAUAUGUACAGCACCACUGCUUAUAACCGAAAUCGCGCCCGCACAGGAUCGAGCAAUCCUGGUCACGAUUGCCGGCGCAACUUACCAUUCGGGUGCUUUUAUCGCAGCGUGGACUACAUAUGGUACUUUGAAGAUCCAGAGUGAAUGGUCGUGGAGAGCACCCAGCCUCAUCCAGGGAUUGUUUACGCUGUUGAUGCUUGCCGUCGUAUGGUGGAUCCCGGAAAGUCCACGAUACUAUAUCUCCAAGAAUCAACCUGAGAAGGGACUGCACAUUCUCGCCUAUUACCACGCCGAGGGAGAUGAGGCUGACGAGGUGGUUCAGUUGGAAUUCACGGAAAUUACGACGGCAAUUGCCAUGGAGAAGAAUUCGGAGCAUUCCAGCUCCUUUGUGGACUUUUUGCGGACACCUGGCAACCGAAGACGACUGUGGAUUAUUCUUUCCUUCGGCCUCUUUGCUCAAUGGUCAGGAAAUGGUCUGGUAUCCUACUACCUGAAUCUCAUCAUGGACAGCAUCGGAAUCAAGGAUGCGAACAAACAAUUGUUAAUCAACGGUGCAUUGACCUCGUUCAGUCUGGUGACCAAUGUCUUCUUCAGCUUUUUUGUCGACCAUUGGGGGAGGCGCCCAAUCAUGCUGGUGAGCUCGGCGGGAAUGCUCGUCGCCUUCGUGGUCUGGACCGCCCUCUCCGCACGGUACGACGCGCAUGCCAGCGCAAGUCUCGGAUCGGGAGUGCUGGGGAUGAUCUUUAUCUAUUACCUGUUCUAUAACCUCAAGUCCGGUCUCAUCGCCAGCUACACCACCGAGAUCCUGCCGUAUUCGAUGCGCGCCAAGGGCUACACGAUUAUGGAAUUUGCCAUGUAUAUUGCCCUCUUCUUUAACCAAUAUGUGAACCCUAUCGCACUGGACGCUCUUCACUGGCGCUAUUACAUCUUCUACUGCUGCUUUUUGGCCGUCGAGGUCGUGGUGAUUUGGUUCCUUUACGUUGAGACCCGUUAUGUUCCGCUGGAGGAGAUCACCCGAUUGUUCGACGGCGAUGACGUCGCUGCGGCAACCAAUGUGGAGAUGGAGAAGACCUGGGAAUCGGGCAAGGGCUUCACUACCGCGGUGCACAUCGAAGCGUGA